AUGCGUCGUAAAAGUGAACGCACCGCCAGCAAGAAAAAAGCUUCUCCUGAGAAAAAGGAAAAAGUUGAGAAAGUAAAGCGUACGAGAACACGUCGUAGUCGCAAACAAUCUUCAUCGUCAGAAAGUGAGUCAGCUGAAGAUAAUGCUCCAAAGGAAACUAAGUGUGAGGUUAGCCAAACAGAAAAUACCACCCCGCCAAAAUCUUCUAAAGAAGAUAGUCCUGAAGAGUCACAAGAGCAAGUCUGGCAUGUUAAAGCAACCGAGACGUCGGGUGAUAUUGGUGAGAUUCAGAAGUUAAAAAUAUGUCUUGCUCGGCCGCCGUCUACUCCAGAAAGAGCAGAUAGAUCACCUAGAAGUAAAAGGAAGCAUUCUCGAGCUACAAGUUCUAGUGAUACUCAAAGUGUUGAAGGAGAGGAAAAAAAGAAAUCAAAACAUCGAUCUAAGAGAUUAACCGAGUCAAAGGACGCUGGUGAUACAAGUAAGGAAGAUCAUGAUGAAGCAGAUGCUGCACCACAAGCUUCUGCAACAUCUGAACCAGAAUCUACCGAAACGAAUACAGAAGUUGAAAGUUCGGAGUCAAAUAAACCUGUAACAGAUGAGGCGCCUAUGUCAACUACCAAUGAAGAAGUAAAAGACGACAAUGUUGAAUCAACUGAAUGUAAAGAAAAUGAGGCAAGUCACAAAAGUGAAGUGACAGAGGAUACUGAUACACAAGAAAAGCCAUCUGAUGCUGAUACAACAGUUGUUUCACCUAAGCCAGUUGACAAUAUUGAGGAAGGUACAACUUUAUCUCCUAAAAUCCCAGAGAGAAAACGAAGUAUGUCAGCUGAAAAGUCGGAAAUUUUAGAACUACAUGCAGAGGAUAGCAGAUGUGAAUCAUCAGAAAUAAGCAUCAAUGAAUCACAGGAAAUAGAUUCAAAAGAAACAAAUCAGGAAAAAGACAAAAGCGAUUUGGUGACAAGUGAGGUAAGUAUUAAUGAGAAUACAACUGAAAUUUCAGGGAACACAGAGUCUAAUAAUAAGGAUACAAUAAGUACUAAUACAAAUGAUGUUGUAGAGAGCACUAAAAAUGUAGAACCUGAAAAAGAAACUAUUCCAUCAGAUUUAAAUAAAGAAGAGGCAACUAAGGAUUCGGAAAAUACAGAAGAGAGUAAAAAGCUUGAUGAAGACAGCAAACAAAAUGCUCAAGAAAUUACCAAUGAGCAAGCACCACCAUUAGUGAUCAACAGAAAACGAAGAUGGGGUUCUCGUCCAAGCAAACUUUCAACACAAAAAUCUAUAACUAUUUCCACUGACAUUCUUAAAGAAAUAAUACCUGAUGUAAAGCCAACUGAAUUUGAUGAAGUAAUCGAGGAAAAAAAGCACAAGAGAGUAGAGGUACCAGAUAAAAUUGAUAGACCAGUUUUACCAAAGAUUGUUAUUGACAAUACAGAACAUGUUGAAAUGAAUAACAAGGAUAAAAAUAUAGAAACUGGAGAUAAGGAGAAUUUUAAGUCAAAAGAAACAAAUCUUGCAUCUAUGCGGAAAAUUUCUAUUGUUAAAGAUAAUGAUAGCAUUAUAACUAGACCACCCAGUCCUCCGAGACACAAACAGUCAAGCAUUUUGUAUAUAACCAAUUUAGUGAGGCCAUUUACGCUUCCUCAGUUGAAGAAUCUAUUACAAAGAACUGGUAGAAUCGCUGAAAAUGGAUUUUGGAUUGACAGAAUUAAAUCAAAAUGUUUUGUGAAAUAUGAAUCUGAAGAUCAAGCAGUUGAAACAAGACAUGCAUUACAUGGAGUGACAUGGCCUGUGUCUAAUCCUAAAACAUUACAUGUUGAUUUCUCAACCCAGGAUGAUUUUGAUAAGGCAAAAGCUAAUGAAGAUACGGAUAAUGCUCAACAUUCAACUAUCCCUGGAACAGUUGAGGAUUGGCUGCGUGAACAAGAUAUGAAAAGAGAAAAAGGAGAAUUGAUGUUAAAGGAAAAACCAUGGGAAAGGAAAGCAGCUAUGCGUGAAUGGGAUGUUGGGAAGAAUGAAAAAGACAAAGAAGUUGGACGUCAAGACAAAAUUUUGAGAGAGGAGCGGCCGCUAGAAAAGAGAAGACAUCACACUCCUGAAAGGAGUCCUGAACCAGCUAGAAAAUUCAAAAAGAAGGAAGAGGAGGCACCUGCAAAACUGUUGGAUGAUUUAUUUAGAAAGACAAAAACUACACCUUGCAUAUACUGGCUACCGCUGUCAGCUGAAACUAUUGCAAUAAAAGAGGAACAAAGGCGGCAACACAUGGCCGAGCAUGAGCGGCGGCUCCAGGAGCUGCGACGUACCCACCGCAGACAC